AACUACGAACCUGAAGCUAACUUCAGCGUCCAGCCUGCGGGCAGGCUGCUGUUAGCCUCGUUAGCUUCACUGUUUCUAACUCAAACAAACGACGGAGAUCCGUAACCACGACUGGAGGAUAAUCAUGCCGUUCUGCAAAUAGUCGGUAACGUCCUCUGUGGAAGUAAACAGCUCGACACACCGACAGAACAAAGUUCGGUGCCACCAUGGAUCCGACCUGCAGCGCCUCCGUGGCUCCGGCAGGUUUGACCGUCCAGGUGUGCUUCCCAGGUGCUCGAGCUGCAGUUCUGGACAACCUGAACCGGCAGCGGGAGGAGGGACGGCUGUGCGACCUGUCCAUCCAGGUGCAGGGUCAGGUGUUCAGGGCCCACCGCUGUGUGCUCGCUGCCUCCUCACCUUACUUCCAUGACCAGGUUUUGCUGAAGAACGUCACCACCGUUUCUCUCCCCUCGGUCAUGGACCCAGUUGCCUUUGAGAGCGUCCUGAGUUCUGCCUACACCGGCCAGCUGAGCAUCGUGCACGACGACAUCGUCAACUACGUCACCGUGGCCAGUUUCCUCCAGAUGUGGCACAUCGUCGAUAAGUGCACCGAGAUCCUGAAGAGGCCUCGGUCCUCGGCCGACGUCGCGUCCGGAGAAGCUGCUGCUGCUCAUCCUGGAUCUGCGUCUCGACAACAAUCUCCCAGCAGCACCGAGUGUUUGUACGCCGAGAGGGAGGGAAGGAGGCGGGAGAAGAAGCCCGACGCUCUGCCUCCUUUAGCUACAUGGAGACGCCCUCAGCAGUUCCCCAGAUGGGGGCGCCCUCGGCCCUCGUCGGCCCAGCAGUCGGCCGACUCCCAGCUGGACGCUCUGUCCGGAUACGUGGACAACGACUACUCCAGCUGUGAUGAGGCCUGGGUGUCCAGCCACGCCAGAACCAGCCACUUUCCUCAGGAAGGACCCGGUCACAGCGUCCGGUUUCCUGGAGGAGACGCCCUGAAGCAGAAGGUGAGGUUUCAGCAGCGAGGAGCGUCGCAGAGCAGCGACCGACUGAACGAUCGCACCAGAGACGAAGACAACGAAGAGCCGCCGGACCGCAGGAAGAACCAGAAGAGAGAGAUAGAAGCUGAUGAAGGAGUUGGAGAGGAAGCUGUGGAGAAGAAGGAGGGAUUCGCUUCAAUGGGUCACUGUGCAGACUUCCACCCGGUUCCAAAUGAACACCAGGAACCCGGACACUCGAAGCAGAGCGUGGACGUGAUGAAGGAGAAAUCCCAGAGAGAGUUGGUGGGAGCUGAUCCCUCCUCGGACCUGUCCUCUGUUCACGGCUGCCAGACGGCCGAAGGCGUCGCCGGUCCUUCCUGUCUGGUCUCGGUCCGGCUGCCGUGGCCGUCAGGUCCCUGGACUCAGUCGGAGUCGAGGCCGGCGGACGGAGAGGGAGGCAGUAAAGACGAGGACGAGGAGGAGGAAGAGGAGGACGUGGACUUUGAAUGUUUCACGGAGGCACCAUACAGCAGAGACACGUACGAUGAGAUCGAGGACGGCACCGGGCAGGUCUCCCAGAGGCCUCUGGUUCCGGUGUCGCCUGACUUCACCCUGACCGGCUCCGAGGUGAGCUGGACGUCCACCAGCGGGGGGCAGACCGGCUCCGUGACCCCGUCCUCCAGCCGACAUCUCUCCCCGUCUUCUGCCGCCUUUCCUCCGGCGCCGUCGCCUCCCACCCCGUCCUCGUCGUCCUCGGUGUCGCUCGCCGGCGCCCCCUACACCGGGAAGGUCCACUUCUGCCACUGCGGUAAAGCCUACACCCUGAAGAGCAUGAGGGACCGCCACGUGAAGAUGCAGCACCUCAACCUGAGGCCCUUCGGCUGUCCGGUCUGCACCAAGUCCUUCAAGAUGAAACACCACCUGACCAAGCACCUGAAGACCCACGGAGGGCUGCGGCCGUACGAGUGCAGCCUCUGUGGGAAGAAGGUGAUCUGGAGGGACAGUUUCCUGCGACACCAGGCCCGCUGCGAGCGCCUGGCCUCCAGCUCCUCCACCAACAGCAACACGGCCACCACAGCUGCAGCAGAUGUGGAGGAGAACUUCAGCUACACGCUGGACGAAGGGGAGGCCUUCCUCCCAGCUGGAGGUCAGGUCAAAGUGGAGGAGGUGGACUUCCAGAGGGAGAUGGAGGACGGGAUGGGCCGGCUGCUGAACAGCGUCUCUGGGAUGGUGGACGAGCUGCGAACACAGAACCUGGAGGCUGGAGGUCACGUCUUCAAACAGGAAGUCAGCGAGAGCUUCAGCGGGAACUAAACCUUCACAGGUCACUUCCUCUCAAACACCCUGAAAGUUCUCCACAAUUAACAGUGUGAUAAGUGGAAUACUUUCAGAGGUAAAAACAUUUCAACUUUGAUUCUGUUUGACCAACAAUGUCUCAGAAACUAUGAAAACCUGAAAUUUUCACUCUUAUUAAUUCAGAAUCUAUCAAGCCGUCAUUAAAAGUUCCAUCUUUGAGCUCAUAUUAACAAAAAAAAAAGAUAAUCAGAAGUCAACUAGUGAGACUGACUGAACCACAUGUAGCUGCAGCUCACAAUAAUACUAAAAUAAACAGAAUACUUCAAUAUGAAAUAUUUGGUCACAAAAAUGGAAAAAAAAGUUAUUUUUGUUGAACUUUCAUAACUAAUUGAGCAGCUUUGACAAGUUGUAGCAGAAAAACGAGCCUAAUUCAAGUCAAAAUGCUUCUCCAAAUAAAACAAAGAAUUUUAAAAAUAUAUAUACUUCUAUAUGAGCAUAUUUUUUGUUUUUGGACCACUCUUUGUUGGCUGGAGAAACAUAUAUAUACAUACACUACCGUUGAAAAGUCUGUCUGCACUGCUGUCCCACAGUCCAUUUUCACAAUAACCAUAAGCGGAAAAAUUUAAAAGAUUGUAUUCAAAAUUUUAAAAAGUAUCUUUGUGCAAAAAAAUUCAGUAUAAAAAUGCAUGUUAGAAGAGCAUUUCCUGUUUCAGCGACAGAAGUGUUGCACAAAUACAAAAUUUAAGAAGGUUAUCCCUCACACUGUGAUUUCAUUAGAAACCCCAGAUUCUUUCUUUGUCUGAUUCUUCAACCCGUUUACAACCUCAUCUUCAUUCCAGAUCUGGACCAGCUACAGCACCUAACCUUUGUUCUAAACCUGCACCGUUUAAAGCCUGUGGAUUCACCUGUUCUGCACAAAAAUACAGAAAGACACAUUCAAAAACAUUCAAUUUAAAAAAUCUUUCCUGUUUUUUUCUUUGAAGCCAAAGCAGCUGGUGUGAUCUGGUUCCUGUUAUCCAUGAAAAUUUCCUUUAAUGUUAUCUUCAUUUAAAAAAAAAACUGCUUUUCUUUCAUUAAAAAGGACAUUUCUAAGUGACCCCAAACAUUUUAACGGUAGUAUAUAUAUAUAUAUAUAUAUAAAAUAUGCAGAAAACACAUGUAAUAGAUAUAAAAGAGACAGAAAAAGUCUUAUUAGGUUUUCUGUAAUGACUGUUUUCAACUAAAAUCUGUUUAUUCUGAUUGUCAGCUCACAAAUGUUUUAUUUGUUUAAAACAACACAUUUAUGAUAUUGAACUCUUCGGCAAAAGCACAUUAUAUCAACAAUAACAGCAAAUCAGAAAAAAUAAUCAAAUUAGUUUAAAACCAGGGUGACUAUUAUCAGCUGAAAUCUGUCAUUUGUGAGUCAGCUCAGGUUUCACUCUAAAACGUUCACAAAUUUAUUGUAUUUGUGCUAAAACCACAUGUAUGUGGCAUUUAAAUGUGCAGCAGAACAUCAGAAAAUCUGAACAAAUAAUCACUGGUUUGCUUAAAGAGACACAAACAGGUCUGGGUGGAUUUAGUCCCUAUUGUUUUCACUCAAAAUGUGCAUUUUUUGACUGUUUGGGUUUUUACCUUAAAACUUUGCACAAAUAUGUUGUUAUUUGUGCAAAAACAACAUGUUUACGACACUUAGAGCUGCAGCAGACACAGAUGUUAUUCAUGAGGACAGUAAUUCACUAAUUAAUCAUCACACGUCUGUUUUAAUCCACUCAGAAACUGUCCCUGGUGGUUUUCUGACGCGAAUGUUUUCAACUAAAAUAUGGUUUUUCUGAACGUUCAUUCAGGUUUUAGCUCAGAACAUUUAGAAAUGAAUUGUUAUUUGUGCAAAACAACUUGUUUAAGAUCAAAAUCUGCAAAGGACACACAUUUUAUUAGUAUUAUAGUUAUUAGUAGUAUCAUAUUUAUUUUUAAAAAUGCUUUUUCUUCAAAAAUAAGGACAUUUCUGAGUGAACCAAGCUUUUGAACAAUAAAUAUUAAACAUUUAGACUCUGACGUCAUGAUGAGAAAUAACAGAAACUAACAGAAAAUGUCAGGUUUUUAUCUUGAAUAGUUCCUCAGAUAUUGUUGCUCAAACAGCCUCAGAUUUCAAAAUGUAAAAAGAGUUAUUUUAUUUCAAUAAAAAAAACCCUCACAGAUAUCAUUUUGAAUAUCUGUAUUUUAUGCUAAAAAUGUGUGAAGUAAAUCAGAGACGUUGGAGCAGAAAGAACCGGAUGAUUCUAAUGUGAAACAGCUUUUCAGCACUUUGUACAUAAAUCCUCUGGAGACGGACUUUAAAGAACACCUGAAAGUUUACAGAUAAAAAUCAUCGCUUUAGUUGAACCCUCUUCAUAAGAGAAGUGAUCAGAUAAUCCAGAGACGGCGACACAAACUCUCUGGACUUUCUGAUGGCACCUGGCAGGCUGUCUGCAACGAUCCUACGUUUUAUUUCAGCCAUUUAAACGUUUUAUUUGUGUUGAGUGCAGCUGUGAAGCGUAACAGCGUGUGGUGAAUGGACCCAUCCAGAGUCACUUAUUUGCAUUUUGCACAUAAAUUAUUUUGUUGCCAUUGACCUGCUUCAGAAAAGAAAAAUGUUUUGGUGCCAUAUCGAUGUUUCUGCACAUUCUGUACAUUAAAGAAAGCUCGGUUAUUAAAAAUAAACACUUUUUGUUUGGA